AGCACCCAAGGGCUGUGUGCUUAGUCCGCUCCUAUUCUACCUCUUCACGCACGACUGCAAACCCACCAAUGGUUCCAAUAUCAUGAUCAAGGGUGGAGACAGUCCAGAGCUUCAAACUCCUAGGAGUUUAUAUCAGCAAUGACCUGACUUUGCUUAAGUCCGUUCAUGUGGCUCAGUGGGUUCUGCUAACAGGGGCAACGCAAUGGAGAAUAUUUAUCAAGACCCUGUACAUACAACAGAAUCUAGCUACGAGUCUAUAAAGCUUAAACAACCAGGGAAGAAAAAACAUGCCGUGGGACCAUUUUCAACCCAGAAAGGCUCACAACGUUUUGUCAUCUUCCUGCUUUCCAUAAAUACCCUGCUACUGGUAAUCACCCUGGGGAUCGUAGGAGUGCACUAUUCCCAGUCUCAAGCUGAUAAUACCCAUUUGGCAGGAUAUGACCAGGUGCGCCCUCUGCUUAAACAGAAUGGCCAUUGGCAUUUGCGCGACAACAUUUUCUAUCUGUUCUGGCAUGGCCAUGGAGACUGUCAGGCCGCUGAAAGAUUCUGCUCCGAGCAAAAUGCCACUCUCGCCACUACACAUGAGCACAACAGGAACUGGAUGAUAACACUGGCCCAUGGAAAGCAGAUGUGGGUGAAUGAAGGGUCAGAUGACUCUGGUUCUGGUUUAAGCCAGGAUGAAGAGGCAUGCUCCUGCAGGCUUUUGGAGCCAGAUCCCCUUGCUGCCACAGAGUGUGAGGACUUUCACAGUUGGGUGUGUGAAAGAUCCACCAUCCAAAGAGCACCAGAAUUUCCAGACUUUGACUAUUUAAAUUGGGCCAAGUAGAAAACACUUACCAAACUAUCCCCAAAAGCACACAUACAUUGACUUCCUAAUAACCAAGGGUUGGAUUUCUGGAUUUCAUGCUUAUUACUCACAAUCACAUGAUCUGGCAUUUUAAUGUUUUGAUUACGCUAAUGAAUAAGGCUUCUUUCUUUGCUUUGUACCAGACACUUUUUGAGGAACAGUGCAAAAAUAUCUGUGGAUCUCUAGGGGGCACAGUAAGGGCCUGGUACACCUCUUUGUGGUCGAUCAUUUUCUGACUGAAAUUAUAAAAUGUUUUUAUUUCAUGGUAUAUUUACAAUAUGUCUGUGCAGUGUCAGGCGGUCAAUACUGUAUUUUUACAAUUUCAUUUCAUCAAUAUUUGCAUGGGAAUGUACUGAAAAAAUAAAUACCAUUUUUAUUCUUUGG